UCAACGUUGGAGAGAUCAUCCUUUCGUCGUGGCAUGAACAGUCAACAUGCUGAAGGUUAUAACAAAUAAGGGAGAUCAAACUAAAAGGAAAAGAUAUAGUAAAAACAAAAAGAAGGCAUGGCGAAAGAAAACCCAGAUUAGCGAUGUCGAGGAGCAUUUGGAAGACAAAAGGAGAGAGGAGCGAUAUGGGGGUCCUUUGGAGGAAAGGGAAGAUCAAGAACUGAUGUUUAUAGAUGUUGGUGAUGAGUCUGAAAAGAAACCUGUUGUACCAGUGACAUUUGCAGUGGAUACUAAACCCGGUAAUAUUGACGGUUUUAAACCAAGAAAACGAAAGCUGCCAGAAAAACCACUUCACUGUCACAAGUAUCUAGUGGGCUUCCAAGGCGCCAAAACUCCACACAAGGAAAAGACAAGAAAAGAUAAACAAAAUGCUGCGCUCAAACAACAGCAGAGUAAGUCUGAGGUCCGGGCUAAGAGAAAAAAUUUAGCCGCCAGAGAAGCAAUGAGAGUGAAACACUUAGAACUUCCUAAGAAACGUAGACGAAUGAAAAUAGGCAAAGGGAUGUUACUAGACUGGAAUUCUGAUAACUGGACCGCAGAUAACAAUGAAUUGGUAAAGCGAUGCAAGAUGAAUGGUGUUGAAGAAGAUUUUGUCGAACAGAUAGUUGAUUUCCACUCAAAGAUCUCUGGAGAACGCAUGUUUAAAGUACCAGGAGUGAGGUACCAGAAAACUUCAGCCCUUCCAGCAGUGAAAGUAGCAGAAGCAGGCCAGUCCUAUAAUCCAACAUUUGAGGACCAUCAAGUUGUUUUAGAAAAAGCUAUAAGGCAACAAGGUAAACAACGUCGUAUAGAUGAGAGGUAUGACAGUGCCACUAUAAAGAUGUUCCCCACUAUAGAUAAAGCCCCAACAGAAGAGACUUGGCUCGCUGAAAUGUCUGAAGGUUUACCGACAGCAAAUGAUAAUGAGGAGGAGGAAAGUGAUGAGGAAGAAGUUGAACAAGAAAGUGAAACAACUGUAACAGGGAAGAGAACGACAGAAAGGAAGACUCAAAAACAGAGGAAAAAAGAAUUUAAACAAAAGUUUAAAGAAAGGAAGAAGGUACUGGCAAAGGAAAGGCGCAUAAGAGAAAGUAAUGUGUACAGGAUCAAAACUAUUAACAAAGAGAUAAUAGAAAAUGAAAAAAUACUAAAGUGUCGUCAGGCAGCAAGAAAAGCUUACCAUGAGCAAAAGAAGAGUAAACCCCUUCGACUAGGAAAAGAGAAGUUCCAGGCUGAAGACAUUGCUGUCAGUUUAGGUACAGAGUUGAAAGGCUCAUUGAGAUCAGUAAAACCUGUUUGUAAUUUGCUUGAGGAAAGAUUCAAGAACUUACAAAGAAGAAACCUGAUUGAACCUCGUGUAAGAGUCAAGCACCUCAAACCAAAACUCAAGAAGACAGUAAUGAAGAAGGACCACAAAGCACUUCUUAAGCAAAUAGAAAAAUUGGCUGAAGAGAAAAUGAAGUAGCAAGAACUGUUAGCUUAACUUUCAAAUAAAGCAAAACUUUUAGUGUA